AUGCCGCCUCUAUUAUACAAGAAGGCUCUCGUAAUUGGUGCCACGUCUGGCAUUGGUGAAGCCCUCACCAUCAAACUGGUCUCGCAAGGAAGCAGUGUGGUCGUGGUAGGACGACGUCAAGAGCGACUUGGCAGUCUCGUCACAAGGCUUGGAGCAGAAAAAUGCUCAGCAAUGCAAUUUGACAUCACUAAAUUAGACGAGAUUUCUGCAUUUGCGUCUAAAGUCACCACAGAGCACCCUGAUAUUGAUGCAAUCAUUCUGAACUCCGGCAUCCAACGAUCCAUCAACUUCGCGAAACCGGAGACGGUUGAUCUCAAAAUAUUUGAUGAGGAACUUUUAACCAAUUACACCAGUAUUGUACAUCUUACACUGGCCUUCCUACCGUUCUUGAAGGCUCAGCAGACGAAGACCCAUCUCAUCUAUAUCAGUGCUACCUUAGGUAUUAUACCAGUGGUGUUGCGAACCGGCGGAUACAAUGCUUCCAAGGCAGCUCUACACCAUUGGUUACUUGUGUUCCGUGAACAACUCAAAGCUCUGCCAGACAACAAAGUCAAAGUCGUCGAGGUUUUCCCGCCAGCUGUGCAGACCGAAUUGCACGACGAACGUCACCAACCUGAUCUGAAAGAUGGAGGAAAGAUUGGCAUGCCUUUGGAUGAUUUUAUAAACCAGACUUAUGAUGAGCUAGUCAAAGGCGAUGAUCAGUUCGGCAUUGGAAUGGCAAAGGGAACGAUUGAUGGAUGGGAGAAAGAGAGAGUGAAUUUGUUUCAAAAACAAAUUCCAAUUGUGCACAGCUCCAUGAAACAAUUUCUCAGGGAAUAG